GCUCUAUUGUGGUAUUGAGCAGAGAUUAUGGGGUGUAGAUCCUGUUUGGAGUUUGAAAGCAAGUUAAUUUACCAAGAAAUUUACUUCUUUUUUGCCUGUUAUUUCAAUCCUUGCCUUGUGCUUUUGCCUGGCUCUGGGAUGAGGCCUUAUGCUACAUGGAGGAAAUCAUCUAAGGGUAUUGAGAGGGUUGCUUUUCUGUACUUAAUUGGGACAACACUCUUAUCAAUGACUACAAAAGGAAAUUCUGAUUGCACCUCUAAUUUAGUACGACAUCUAAUUGGUUCCUUAUACAUGGGAAACAGUGAGGAUGGGAAAUCCUGUAAGCUUGAGAAACCAUCCUCGCCUGCACCAGACCAGAGCAAUCUCCAUGUCUAUCCGGAUUGGGCAGCCAUGCAGGCAUAUUAUGGUCCUCGAGUAGCUGUACCUGCAUAUUUCAAUUCAGCAGUUGCACCUGGUCAUACCCCCCACCCUUAUAUGUGGGGGCCACAGCCUAUGGUACCACCUUAUGGUGCCCCUUAUGCAGCAAUAUAUGCUCAUGGUGGGGUUUAUGCACAUCCUGGAGUUCCAAUUGGAUCUCAUCCUCCAGGUCAUGUGAUUGCGACAUCUCCUGUUGUCAGCCAAGCCAUGGAUGGUGCUUCUUUGAGUUUAGAUGCGUCUGCCAAGUCCUUGGGAAAUUCUGAUCGAGGCUUGAUGACUAAACUGAAGGAAUUUGAGGGCCUGGCAAUGUCACUUGGAAAUGGUAGCACUGACAAUGUUGAGGGUGGAACAGACAAUGGACAUUCUCAAAGUGGGGAAACUGAAGGUUCAACUGAUGGAAGUGACACAAAUGGAGCUGGGGUCAGUGAGAGAAGUAAGAAAAGGAGCUGUGAGACAACUCCUGAUAACUCUGGUGAUGAUAAGAGUCACUCACGAAGAUGUCAACCUUCUGGGGAAGUAAAUGAUGAUGGUGAGAAGGCAAUUGUUAUUGCAGCGAAAAUGACGGGAACAGUACUUUCUCCUUGCAUGACAACUUUGGAAAUGAGAAAUCCUGCCAGUGCACAUAUGAAAUCUAGCCCAACUAAUGGUUCACCACUCAGCCCUGCACUGCCUAAUGAAACCUGGUUACAGAAUGAGCGUGAGCUGAAGCGGGAGAAAAGGAAACAGUCUAAUCGGGAAUCUGCAAGGCGAUCGAGAUUGAGAAAACAGGCUGAAGCUGAAGAAUUGUUAAUACGAGUUCAGGCUUUAACAGGAGAGAACUUGACACUCAGAUCCGAGAUUAACAAAUUAAUGGAGAACUCGGAGAAACUGAAGCUAGACAAUGCUGCUUUAAUGGAGAGAGUGAAAAAUGAAGAGCUAGGACAGACAGAAGAAGUGAGUUUAGGUAAGAUUGAUGAUAAGAGACUGCAACCUGUAGGCACAGUAAACCUGCUAGCAAGAGUGAACAACUCAGGUUCCUCGGAUACAACAAACGAGGAGGGUGAAGUUUAUGAGAACAACAGCUCUGGAGCAAAGCUUCAUCAACUACUUGAUACCAGCCCCAGAAGUGAUGCAGUAGCAGCUGGGUGAUGAAGGAAGGGUACAACCCUUACUUUAAUUUGAGAUGUUAAAAUUUAAUCUGAUUGUGUAAUUUUGGCGUAAUUUUAAGUCCAAAAUUACUGCUAACUACGGGAGAGGAACAGCUGAAUAG